AUGAAUACCCGAAUGGACUUCACAGACCGAGCCCAAAAGGCCGUCGAGGACGCCAUGGCCUUGGCGGAGCAGUACGGCCAUUCGCAACUACUACCAGUGCAUCUCGCUGUUUCAUUGUUAGAGCCCCCAAACGACCUAUCUAAAGAUCAGCAGAAUGGUCCUCAAAACACAGCCGUUACACUUUUCCGACAAGUCAUCGAGAGGGCCCACGGUGACCCUCAGCUUUUUGAUCGCACGCUAAAGAAGACGUUGGUGCGAUUACCUAGCCAAGAUCCUCCGCCUGAGCAUGUGGCUCUGUCACCUUCUUUCCAUGCAGUCUUGAGGAAAGCCAUGGAUCUGCAAAAGGUCCAGAAAGAUUCUUACAUUGGCGUCGACCACCUCAUCACAGCGCUCGCCGAGGAUCAUUCAAUACAAACCGCUCUACGGGAGGCCAACAUUCCCAAGGCGAAGCUUGUUCAAGAUGCCGUUCAAGCCAUUCGAGGUACGAAGAGAGUGGACAGCAAAACUGCCGACACGGAUCAAGAAAACGAAAACUUGGCCAAAUUCACCAUCGACAUGACUGCCAUGGCCAGGGACAAGAAGAUUGAUCCCGUCAUUGGUCGUGAAGAAGAGAUUCGACGAGUGGUCCGAAUCCUGUCCCGCCGAACAAAGAACAACCCAGUUCUUAUAGGAGAGCCCGGUGUAGGCAAAACCACGGUAGUGGAGGGUCUGGCCCAAAGAAUCGUCAAUCGAGAUGUGCCUGACAACCUGAAACACUGUAAACUCCUUUCACUUGACGUUGGUGCCCUCGUGGCAGGAAGCAAGUUUCGCGGCGAGUUUGAGGAGCGUAUGAAGGGUGUUUUGAAAGAAAUCGAGGACUCCAAGGAAAUGAUUGUUCUCUUCGUCGAUGAGAUCCAUCUCUUGAUGGGUGCUGGCUCGUCCGGUGAAGGCGGUAUGGAUGCGGCAAACCUGCUGAAACCAAUGCUUGCCCGUGGCCAGUUGCAUUGCAUUGGUGCCACCACCUUGGCCGAGUAUCGAAAGUAUGUCGAGAAGGACGCUGCCUUUGAGCGACGGUUCCAGCAAGUCAUCGUCAAGGAGCCCACUAUCCCCGAGACAAUUUCCAUCUUGCGAGGAUUAAAGGAACGAUACGAUAGGCAUCAUCGAGUUACCAUCCUGGACAGUGCUCUGGUGGCCGCAGCCAACCUCGCAGCGCGAUAUCUCACCAGCCGCAGAAUGCCUGAUUCUGCCAUUGAUCUUGUUGACGAGGCAGCAGCCGCUGUUCGCGUUGCCCGAGAAUCCCAGCCCGAGGUGAUUGAUUCUCUGGAGCGAAAACUGCGGCAGCUAAUGAUCGAAAUCGCAGCUCUAGAGAAGGAACACGACGAGGCAUCCCGGGCUCGUCUUCUCCAGGCAAAGAAGGACGCGAAAAACGUGGAGGAAGAGCUCUCGCCUCUUCGGGAAAAGUACCAGAACGAGAUCAAGCGCAGUGAAGAAGUCCACCUAGCGAAAGUCAAGCUCGAUGAACUGGAAAAGCGCUUCGAAGAUGCUGUCAAUGCGGGCGACAACGCAAAGGCGGCCGACCUCAAGUACGGGGCCAUUCCAGAACAGCAGGCUGUUAUCAAAGAGCUCGAGGCUCGCAAGGCCGCUGCGGACAGGGCGUUGAACGCUACCGGCGGUGAUGCUGGAACUGCCAUGGUAACGGACAUUGUCACUGCCGACCAUAUAAACGAGAUUGUGGCGCGCUGGACCGGCAUCCCAGUCACCCGACUGCGCACGUCAGAGAAGGAGAAGCUCGUCAACAUGGAGAAGGUUCUCGGCAAGAUUGUCGUCGGACAAAAGGAGGCCGUCAACUCCGUGGCCAACGCCAUUCGUCUGCAACGAUCUGGAUUGAGCAACCCAAACCAACCGCCUAGCUUCCUCUUUUGCGGUCCAUCCGGCACCGGCAAAACGCUGCUGACAAAGGCUCUUGCCGAGUUUUUAUUCGACGACCCGAAAGCCAUGAUUCGAUUUGACAUGUCCGAGUACCAGGAGCGACACGCGCUCAGUCGAAUGAUUGGCGCACCUCCGGGUUAUGUGGGACACGACGCCGGCGGUCAGCUCACCGAAGCUCUACGUCGAAAGCCAUUCUCGAUACUACUUUUUGACGAGGUCGAAAAGGCUGCCAAGGAGAUCCUGACUGUGCUCUUGCAGCUCAUGGACGACGGCCGCAUCACUGACGGUCAGGGCAGAGUUGUGGACGCCAAAAACUGCAUCGUGGUCAUGACGUCGAAUCUCGGUGCUGAAUACCUCGUCAGACCCGGUUCGAAGGAAGGAAAGAUUGAUGCGUCAACCCGGGAACUGGUCAUGAGCUCGUUGCGCAACUACUUUCUGCCCGAGUUCCUCAACCGAAUCAACUCGGUCGUCAUUUUCAACAGGCUCACGCGCAAGGAAAUUCGCAAGAUUGUGGAUAUUCGCAUUGAUGAGAUUCAGAAGCGCCUCGAAGAUAACGGACGAAAGGUGAAAAUCGAGGUAUCGGACGAAGCCAAGGACUAUCUGGGCAAUGCUGGAUACUCACCUGCGUAUGGUGCUCGUCCUCUCUCUCGACUGAUUGAGAAGGAGGUGCUGAACAAGCUGGCCAUUCUCAUCCUCCGAAACAACAUUCGCGACGGUGAGGUUGCCAGAGUUGAACUCAUUGACGGCAAGAUCACCGUCCUGUCGAACCAUGCCGAUAGCGAAUCGAUGGAGGACAGUGAAAUGAUGGAUGAUUCGGAUGAUGCUGUUGAGGAGCUGGUUCGUGAUGAUAUGGACGAGGACAUUUAUGAUUGA